UCUACAUGCUCGUCCUAGCGGCGGAAGAGGCUGUCUUUGCUCCCGGAAAAGAGACAGGAAGUCAUUUUUCUUACGUCGAAUGGCUUUAGUCAAAUCACAUCAGCAACAACAAUAAUUCCCUGCACUGGGUUAACUGGAGUGAUAAAGUAGAUCAGACCCAUCCUAGUCAGCAAUGUGUUUCACAUGGGCCAGAUUCAAAUUCUUUCCUGAAUUUAUAUAACAGUGACUUAAUACUGAAAAUGUCUGAAGAUUUAUAUGAGAAAUUCCUGGCUCCCGAAGAGCCAUUUCCUUUAUUGUCUCAACGAGGAAAUGCUAGUGAUGAGGGCACUUUGGACAUUAGUGAUUUUGGUUGCCAACUUUCAUCUUGCCACAGGACCGAUCCUCUUCACCGCUUCCACAGUAACAGAUGGAAUCUGACCUCCUGUGGUACCAGUGUUGCCAGCUCAGAGUGCAGUGAGGAGUUGUUUUCAUCUGUGUCUGUUGGAGACCAGGAUGAUUGCUACUCUCUCUUAGAUGACCAGGAGUUUACAUCCUACGACUUUUUUCCUGAAGGCAGCGUCUGUAGUGAUGUGUCCUCAUCUAUUAGUACAUAUUGGGACUGGUCAGACAGCGAGUUUGAGUGGCAGUUGCCUGGUAGUGAUAUUGCAAGUGGAAGUGAUGUGUUGUCUGAUAUUAUACCUAGUGUUCCUAGCUCUCCAUGCUUGAUCCCAAAACGAAAAAUCAAGCAGCAUAGAAAUCUGGAUGAAUUACCAUGGAGUGCUAUGACUAAUGAUGAACAGGUUGAAUACAUUGAGUAUUUGAGUCGAAAGGUCAGUACUGAGAUGGGAUUGAGAGAACAGUUGGACAUUAUCAAAAUUAUUGACCCAAGUGCACAGAUAUCUCCUACAGAUAGCGAAUUCAUCAUUGAACUCAACUGCCUGACGGAUGAGAAAUUGAAACAGGUCAGAAACUACAUCAAGGAGCAUAGUCCACGACUGCGGCCAACCAGUACAAGAGAAAGCUGGAAGAGGAGCACCCAUAGCAGUGCCAGUACUAGUGGUGUGAGUGGUGCCAGCAGCAGCAAUGCCAGCAUGGUCAGUUCUGCCAGCAGCUCGAGUGGAGGAUCCAACUCUAACUCAAAUUGCAGCAUCGCCAACAUGAGUCGUGCACACAGUGAUAGCAACCUGUCUGCCAGUGCAGCCGAAAGAAUUCGUGACUCCAAGAAGAGAUCCAAGCAACGCAAACUUCAGCAGAAAGCCUUACGGAAAAGACAACUGAAAGAACAGCGACAGGCUAGGAAGGAACGACUUAGUGGACUCUUCCUUAACGAGGAGGUGCUUUCCCUUAGAGUGACUGAAGAGGACAAUGAAGGCGAUGUAGAUAUCUUAAUGUGACAAGAGUGAACAUAUCAGUGCUCCCUCUAAGCUUUAAACAAAGUUACAAAGAAAUAUACAAAUACUGAAAUGAAAAAAGAUGCUAAGAAUGAUCCAAAUAAAUUCAUAUCAAAGUUUCUAAUUGUAAGCCUGUUUUUGCUGAAGACAUCUUAUUAAUACUUUAUUAAUUUACAUAGUCUCGAUUCUAAAUUGUCCCUAGUGUGUUUAAAAAAAAAAAAAAAAUUACAUAGUCUCUUCAAAGGAAUCCAAACCAGUGAAACAAGUGGCUCUCCCCAACCCCCAAAAAAACGUUGGACAGAUGUGAUUUUUUUUUUUUAAAACCUAAUAUGUUUUAAAUUAGACUAUGCAUUGAAACCUGCUUGAAUGCAGGGUUUUGAAGCACAGAGGGAACACUGAGUCUCCUUUUUGGAGAGUUAGAGUUGAAAAUGGGUCACAUUUGUAGCCAUUAAACCACACUAUUUUUGAAUUAUGUAACAAUACACUACUGUCUCUGCCUUUGUUUGACAGAGGACAUUUUUGUUUGCUAACAGUAUUAUAUUUUUGGGGUGUCUUUUUUCCUACCUUAAUUAUAGCACUUGUGCUUUGGUAUGUAUUCUAGCUCACGCCCUGCUGUAUUUUGAUUGCAUUGUAGAUAAAUUUGUUGUACAGAUGUUUCUGGGUGAACCAUUUUAUGCAUAACCUGUGGAGCCCUUUGCUGGUUAGGACUCAUUAAAAAUUCUACUUGUGAAUUUGCAGUUAAUAAAUAAAACUGAGCUCUUGAAAUAUUACUAUUGCUCUGUAGUUUGCAGGGCAUUUACUGGACUGUGUAGAUGUCUCUUUAAAUUUCUUUUGUGAUACAUUUUGUUUAAAUAUGAAUGAAAUGCAGAUUAUUGCUUGUUGAUACUGGUUAGAGCGCUAUAUCAUAUCCAGCCUUCAGACAAGCAAACUACAAAGUUGUUUUUUUAUGUUCAUGUUAAUGCUUUUUAAGUUUGAGCAUCUUUUAUUUACAUUGCUAUUUAAAAUGUGUUAAAAGUAUGUUUAAAUUUCUGUUAAAUGGUUAAAAGAAAUUGUGACUGUUAAAGCAACAGAUAUAUUCUUUAAAAAUGACAGAUCACUACAUUAAAAGCAAUGUCAGUUACAACUUGUACUGUAAAUUGAUUUGAGAUUUUGAGAGGAAUAUAGAUAGACUUUUAUUAAACACAUCUAAUACUCAGUUCACAGAUUGAAUUAAAUAAAAUCUUGGUAGAAAAUGCAAGUUAACAGCGACAGUUAAUUUUUAGAAAAAUGAAAAUAUUUUCAUCAUAGGAUAUUAACAAUAUAAAGCACUACAUAAUCGACAUAAUAGGAAUUUGUGUUGAAGUAGAGAAAUAUUGUGAGAAAAUAUAUGCUAAAAAUAUGCAAAGUUGCACAAAAAAUAUUGGGUCCAAAAAUGAUGAUCUGAAAAUCAUUCACAACCAUCUUUGUUCUUUUUUCUAAUCCAUAUUUGCCUGUUUUUCAUCACAUUGAUUAACAAGUUCUAUCAGAGACUACCUCAACUUAAUAAUGGUUGAAUGCAGAUUUUUUUCCACUAAGUAGUAAGAGUGAAGUAGACUUUGGUUUCCAUUUACCUUUACUGUAAUUUAACACAAUCCUAAUACUGUUUGGGGGGAAAAAACUGUUGUGGGCUGUCUUUUUCUUGCCCUUUACAGACUUUAAAUAUAAAUUAUGUAAUUAUAAGGAAUUUCCUGAAUUCUAACAACAAACCUGAGUUUCAUACCAUCUCUGGAAUAAGUUUAUUUUCCACAUAUAAAAUAGAUGUUGAACUUUCAAUAGAAGGUGCUUUAAAAAUACAGUAUAUUAUUCUUUAUGCUCUUAUAUGGUAGUUUUCUAUUUAUCUGUGAAUAAUUGUGACACAGGAAAAUAGACAGUAUUUUCAGAUAUUUUUUCUCUCUAAUUUUUCAGGAGAUUAUAAUUUAUUUAACUUGGGGUUAAGUAAAGUGUUCCUGUGCAUUUCCUGGUGUAGUACAUGAAGCUGUCCAGAAGAUGGGAGUGUUGUCGAGCCAUUUGUUUGUCACCGAUGUGAACUUUUGUAAAUAUUACGGGUAAUUGUAAAUAUUAAAAUGUAUUGAGGAAAAAAUUAACUGAUAUUUCAGUUGAUUACAUUGCUUUUUAAAUGUCUUACCUUUAACAGAGGAGGCGUAUUCUACCAAAUACAGCUUCACUCCUGUAGACCUACAAUAUAGUAAGAAAUGGUUACUUUCUAGGAAGGUUUAAAUGUAAAUAGCUACAACUCCCAUGCAUAUUGUCUUACAUAUUUUGAAUUCCUAAUUUUGCCUUUUUAAAUUUCGAAAAUCGAAAACUUACUUUGUUACUCCAUCUUAAGCAAAAGUAUGUUUAAAAGUUGUCAUAAUGCUGAAACUUCAUAAUUUCAUUUUCAUUUGUCAAUUUGUUUAUAGGAGUAACAAUACCAGAAAGUUUGUCAGGAACAAAAGCUGUACAUUUCUGAAAAGAAAAGUUAAGAGAUAGGUAAAAUUCAGAUUUUCUUGACUAUAUGGACAUCUGAGGCUGUUUUCUGCAAACAUGCAAAUUAUUUUUCUCGUCUUUGCACUGGAUUGUGAAAGGUGAAUGACUGUUUCCAUUAAAAUUGUAAAUGUCAAAGUGAUACUUUAUAUUUCAGGAUUGCUUCACAUGUGUAUGAUCUGAAUUUUAUUAUGUGUGAAUGUGUAAUGAAUUUCUUAGUUUAGAAAUACCAGUCUGAUUGCGUGUAGAUUAUGUAACCUUUGCAGUCUUUAUCCUUAUUUGGAGUUGACAUUCAAUAAAUAUUUGACUGCAUUAUGUAACAGUGAAUUUCUUUUAAUUGUAGUAAUUUUAUUUUUUAAGAAGCACAGUGUGUAAAUGCAGUACUUUUGGCUUGACCAUUUUUAUGCAUAAUGAUAUUAUGCAUUCCAGUGUAGAUUUUGCAUUUUUUAAUUGGAUGUUUUGUAACCAGCCAGACUUUGAGCAGUGCCCUAUUCUUACAUUUUUGUUAUGAUUUUUUAAGGUAAUUUAUAUCAUUUUCUUUUUGUAGUUCAUAGAAUUACCUCCUAAAAGCUAAAGUACCUUUAUUUGAAGAUGAUGAUGGUAUAUAAACAGUUACUUUUCUUCAUUCAUAGUUACUCUUUGUGUUCAGUUUUUUUAUUUUCUAUGCAUUGGGAAAUUGUGUAUAGAUUUUGCCUUACUGUAUGUCAUUGUUUUGUUUGCAGCUGAUUCAGAAAAAUCAGUUAAUUUUUGGCUGCCAAAAUUCAUAAAAUUGAAUCAUUUUGCAGAAUGGUUGUUUCUCAUGUUUCUUUAAAAGAUACAGAUUUAAACCGUUAACAUCUGCUAUUAGGAUUUUCUUUUUUCUUUCUCAAAUAAAUUAGGUGUUAUCACUUCAUUUACAAUUUUGCUUGUAGAAAAUACUGAGAUAAUAAGCAUGUUAAAGACCAGAAGAAAUGCUUACCAGGAAGUACUUGUUGGGAAA